AUGAACGGUGCCAAUGCUUUCGGUUCUUCCAAGGCCGGUUCGGCUUCCACCAGCAGGGCAACCACAACAUUCGAAGAAGAUGUUCGAGGCCGCGUCACAUCGAUCCUGGACAAGGAUGCGGUGGUUUUCUUCCGCGAGAUCCAAGACGAUAUCAAGGAUGGUCCCAUCACAUCGGCUUCUCUCGCUGCACUGAAAGCUGCCGAGGAGCGCAAGGCUUCUCGCAAUCGCUCCUGGAAGAUUUUCAACCGAGUCGUUUCCCCCGUCGUCAAUCUUUUGACCGGCUACUACAACGUGAUUGAUACGAUUUGUCAGGCUGACCCAACACCGGGUGCGGUCAUAUGGGGAUGUCUCAAGAUCCUCAUCAACAGUGCUCACCGGGCGGCAAACCUCUUCGAGGCCUUUGGCGAGCAAAUCGACCGUGUCAGGUUCCACCUGAAACGGAUCAACCAUUUCAAAGCUCUCUUUCACGAAUCGGACGCAAUGAGCGACGUAUUGCACAGGUCGUGUUUGAACGUCGUCACGUUUUGCACUUUGGUGUGGAAGGAGUGCAAGAGGUCCACACCCGUCUUCCUACUCAAAAGCUUGAGUCCUUCGUUGACUCGGGACUUUGAAAAGAUAUCAUCAGCUAUAAAAGUUGACAGAGAAGAUCUGGAAGAUAUGGGGGGAUGGAUUGACCAAGAAAGGGGAGAUAGCCAUAGACAGGAAUUCGCCAAGUUCCUUACUCAGCAGCAGGAAGAGCAGAAGUGGAAAACAUACCAAUCGGCAGUGCAAUGGCUUGGAGGCCAGUCUUCAGCAACGUCUCAGGAACGCGUUGAGUCCUCCCGCCCGGAGACAACCGUAGUGGAUUCAACGGACUGGAUACUUGGCGCUCCUGAAUUCCAAGCAUGGACCUCGGAUUCUGCAAGUCAUCCCGUGUUGUGGCUGACUGCUACCCCCGGCGCUGGGAAGACCAUGCUUUGCUCCCAAGUGAUCCAGAAGACGAAAGAAAAAUUCCCCUCGGCUGGCAUUGCAUCCUACUUCUAUCGAUUUGACGAGAGGAUCCCCACAUCUCAGGUUCUCCAAAGCAUCGCCAAACAGUUGCUGGAACAACUGUGGAUGACCAACAAGGAGUUACCCGAUUCUGUCAGUGCCUUCCCUCGCACUCCACCCAACAUGAAGAGCAGUAUUCUGGGCAUGAUCAGGGCCAUGGCCGAAUCUACAGCAUUCACCAAGAUCUUCAUAUUCCUCGAUGGGGUGGAUGAAGAUGCUUCAGAAGGACCACCUGAUCUUCAAUCGGCCCGGCAGGCUUUGUCGGACCUGAUCCCCUUGACUGAUCCAGCAUCGAAAGGAACCUUUCGGCUCUGGAUAUCCAGCCAAUACCGCACUCACAUAGCGGGAAAACUGAAAUCUCACCUUCGAGUCCAGCUCAGCGAUCAGAACGAAUCUGCGCUGCGGUCGUUCUUCGACCAGGAGCUCCCGCAGCUCAGGAAACUGGAGCUCGAGCAGGAAGAACUGGACGAGCUCGUGGAUAUGUUGAGGGACAUGGUCAAAGGAAACUUCCUUUGGGCGCGUUGCAUGAUCGGGCAUCUCAGAGACGUUUGCGAAAGCCCCGAGGAGGUGCAGGAGUUCAUCGAGACAAGCCAACCGUGGAGCCUCGACGAGUACUACAAGAACUUGCUGCGUCGCACACGGGAGCAUGACCGAGAUCUCGCAAGUAAAAUAUUGUCCAUCGUUUGUUUUGCCCGCCGUCGAGUAUCAGUCAGCGAGCUUCGAGAUGCACUUUGCAUGAUGCGCAGCUCCGGUUCCAAGGAACCGAGAAAGAAGCCCGUGCUGCACAAAGUGAAAACACUACUCCCCCCAUUCAUCGUCACAAGCGGUUCUGAGGAAGACGAAUCAGGCCGAUGCGAACUGUUCCACAGCACAGCACGGGGAGUUUUGCAAGCCAAUCCUGGUAUCUUGGAGAAGGAUCACACAGGCCUUGGGAGUAUUUCCAUCAAUGAGUAUCACCUUGCUUGGGUGUGCGUUCGAUACCUGGCCGAUCCCAAGUUCAAGGAGCCCCUCAAAUUAUCGGAUGGCCAAUGGAAAACAUGCAGUGGGGAGGCGAUAGAGUCGGACGGCUUUCUCCGCUACUCGGCCAAGUACUGGGACAAACACCUCGACGCAGUGAAGCCAAGUCCCGAGCUGAAGGCCUUGGUUUCUCGUUUCGUCCUCUCCCCAAACUACCAGACCUUGCUCCAACUCCAACACAUUUACGUCGACAGCCAUUUUGCGACCUUCAUGGUGGUUGGACGACCAGAGAACCAAUUGUUCCUCCGGAGAGUGUUUCCAGACUGGUUCGCACCGAAGGAUACCCCGAUCCAGGGGUUCCACAUUCGACGUGGAUACCGCGAGUUCAUCCAUGAGUGGCAUUACUACCUCAAGUGCGGAUGCUGCGAGAAUCCGAGAUGCGUCAUGUCCCAGUUCGCGGGAGAGGUGGACCGCUGCCUCUUCGGUGCUUUGGGCCAGGAGAACUUCAUGUCGCACAUGCACAGCCGGUACGUCAGCUUUAAGCUCAGCAACAACGACGCCACAGGUAUCCAAAGCACACGCCAGUGCUACGAAGGCUAUUCAAAUGCUGGAGACCUUGUCCACGUGUUACAGUUUGCCUCUCGUACCAUGGCCUCUAAACUGCGGUUUGUGUGCGAGACGUGGCACUUGAUGGACAUGAAGCAGCCAUCUCUCUACAAAAGACAGUUUGUUGAAGUCGGAGAGGAGUCCCACUGGCCGCUCUACUUCAAGAUGGUCGACGGCGAUGUGAAAGCCAGAUACGACCAAGCGAAGCCAAUAGCAUUCGACGAGAGUGGGAGCUGUCUCCGGAUCGGAUCAUCCAUCUUUCUACGAGACCGGGACGGGAACUUCAAUUCUCAGCAGCCCGGAAGCAGUGAGAGAGACCAGCCGCCCGAGUAUUUUGAAGAAUUCGCCAUGCGCCCAGGGAUUUUGGCCAUUGCCAGUCGCCGAAACAGUGCAAAGCUGGGACCCGAGCGCAGCAAUGCCGAAGAUGCCGUUCAAGAUGUCGUGGCACUGUUUGCGAGGGCGCAGAAAGAAGACAGUGAAUCCGAUGCCGACGAAUCUGAACCGUCCAGCGAAGGAGAGGAGACUUCAUCAACCAGCUCCGACGACGGCUGGAGUUCUGUGGACGAGAGCUGGAGUGAGGCGUCAACCGAACCAAGUGAUGCCCUGGAAGACGAAAACAUCCUGAGCGUGUUCAAAGGCUAUGGCGGAAGCUCCGAAAGCGAAGCAUCCGCGGACAGCGAGACGGAGGAAACAGAGUCGGAAACAAGCAGUGGAAGUGAGCUUGGAGGGAACCCGUUCGCCCGCUUCUACAAAGGCUAUCAUGACGACUCGUCCGAUGCCGACGAGGCCUACGUCGCAUUCGGCGACAACGACAGCGACGAAGACCUGAUCCACGCCUUCCUGUCCUACAGGCGGAGAAGGCGGCCCAAGAAGCAGACGGAGCGAGACCUCCAGGCCUCCAUCCACGUCUUCAGCACAUCCGAAUCGGGAAUGCAGCACCUCUUCCGCCUGCGCCAGCCGCUCCACCUACCUCUCUACGACUCCGCCCCCGCCUUGCACCCGUCCCUACCGCUAGUCGUGUGGCCCCUCGGCCCGAGCACCAUCCUCCUCCUCGACUACGAAAGGAAGCAGUACUUCACCCGCAAGCUCCGGCCCACGACCUCGCUCACCCGUCAAGUCUUCAUCAAAUGCCGCUUCUCCCCAGACGGCCAACACCUGCACAUCGCGACGCUCGAAGCGCACCGCGACAAUCUCACGGGCAGCCGACGCAAGCAGAUCAAGAAACAGAAGAGGCGCAACAACAACAACAACAACAACGAAGACACCAACCCCACCACUGACCCGGACCCAGACCCGCUCCACCUCUCCCUCUUCCUCUCCACCUACCGCCUCCACCCCCACAAGCCCACCCGCACCCCACCCGCCCAAACCCACCGCGCCAAGCUCGCCCUCGGCGCCGUACACGCCCUCCCCGUCGCCCGCCUGCCCGUCGCCGUGACGUGGACCCCGCAGCACCUGUACGUGACGCAGAGCGCGCGGACGUUGCGCGUGCACCGCGUGCGCUUGUUUCCACCACCACCUCCUCCUUCUUCUCUGCCAAAAGACAAGACAACGACGACCACCACCACCACCAUCACCGACGACGACAACAACGACGAUAACGUCAACAACGUCAACAUCAACAGCGACCACCUCACCCUCGCCGAGCCGCGCGAACCCAUCUUCCUGCCCGCCACGGCCGCGAAGAGGAGCGUGCGCUUCUUUCCCGGGACGACGACGGCGGCGGCGGCGGCGGCAGCAGCAGCACGCGUGCUAAUCGGCUCCGAGACGAUGGCGCCCGCGCGGCCGCUCACGCGCGGUAUAACUAAUGGCGGCGGCAGCAACGACGACGAGCACGUCGAGGAGGCGGGGGCGGCGGCAGCGGCGGCGGCGUCGUCGGAGCCAAAGUUCGAAGGGGUGCAGGGGCUGGAGGGGCGGGCGUCGGCGCCGGUGGGCGUGUAUCUGACGGAGGGGGAGGGGGAGGGGGGAGAUCUGGGCGGGUGGGUGGCGUCGGCGAGCGGGGUGCGGUUGCCGGAGAAUAGGGGCUUGGGCCGGCUGGACGACAAGGUGGAGCGGUUCGAUGUGGAUGACGAUUGCGACUUGGAGCCGUAUAUUGUGUAG